CACACACACACACACACACGACAAACCGCUCGUGGGGGCCCUGCCUAUUGAUCUCUAAACAUCUGGAACACCUCAUAUUUGUUUUACAAGGCAGUGGCGAGCAGUCCCGUGGCCCCCGAUAGGGGAGUGAGGCAGCAGCGGCAGCAGCACCAGGACGGACCACUUGACACCUUGCUUCACGGCAUCGAUAUGCAGUAGUGUGAUACCAGCUCUGCGGAGACGAGAAGGCCAGUCCAUGGCAUCUUGAUAUUAAACCGUGAGCUCUGCGCAUUCCUCGCCGACAGCGUAGUCUUUUUUUUCUCCCCCUGCGGAGUCGAAAGGAUUAACUUGGCCGAAAAAAGGUGGCGAGGGAGGAAAUCUUAAUAAUUCAAUUUGAGCUGAUUCUGUUUGGGGGAUUCGUGGGAUACCAUUGGACCUGCGAUGGACUCCAGCGCGGGGGAAUAUGGCAUGGCUCGUGUCGGAUUGUUUUUGGUUUUGAUGGGGCUGUGGAGAUUUAGCGAUGCUUGCCCCGCAUCCUGCACUUGCAGCAUCUCAAGAAUUGUUUGUAUUGAUUCUGUACCAGGGAUCGAGGAUUUCCCUGUCCUCACGUUAGAUGACAUGGAAAACAUCACUGAGAUAUACAUUGCCAAUCAAAACAGACUGUUUGACUUGAGUGACAGCAGUCUGAGGCACUACAUAAACCUAAGAAACCUAACGGUCACAAAGACAAGACUGACAUCUAUAUCACCGGACGCGUUUUUUAACAAUACAAGACUUCAAUAUGUAAAUCUCAGAGACAAUAACUUGUCAACACUGUCAUGGAGAACAUUUCAGAACUUUAACAUUACAUAUCCGCUACUUCUGUCUGGGAAUCCUCUGGAUUGUGUUUGUGAGAACUUGUGGAUCAAGCUAAGACUCCAGGAAGAAACAGACAGUCCCGAGCUGACAUGCACAGAUGACAGAGGAGUGGCGCAGGACUUUGCUACCUUCCGGCCGCCAGACUGUGUGGUUCCCACCGUAGAGGUCACCCCCAGAAAUGUGACUCAGAUGGAGGGGAGUAAUGUCAAAGCUAUUUGCAGUGCCUCAGGCUCCCCUGCUCCCGAGAUUGUGUGGAACCUUGAUGAGCUCUGGACCCACUAUGAGAUUGAACCUAUGGAUACAGAGAGCAUCCUCACCCUGUCAGGCCUGUCUCCUGAUGAUAACGGCAGGGCAAUCGUAUGCAGUGCCGAGAACAUGGUCGGUCAGACCGAGGCCAGCCUUCAGCUCAAUAUUCUUUUUGCCCCCACCAUCCUGACACUCCUGUCUCCAGAGCGGGACCACCACUGGUGCAUCCCCUUCACAGUAACGGGGAACCCCAAGCCGGAGCUAAGGUGGUACCACAAUAACAAGCCUCUCCAGGAACAGGACUACAUCCGCACCAUGAUCCACGUGACCACAGAGAACCAGCAACACGGCUGCCUGCAGCUGGUCAACCCCACCCACAUUCACAACGGAGAGUACAAGCUGGUCGCAGAGAAUAAGUAUGGCAGGGAUGAGAAGAACAUCUCUGCCCAGUUUCUCCACCCGCCUAACAUCAACCAUACGGAAGACAUCGAGUAUUACGACCCAUGUUUUUUUCCAGAUCCUACAGACACUCCACCGGAUGACAGUGUUGCUGUAAGUGACCCUAAUCAGCCCGCUCCAUCUAAAGCAGUGGUGUAUGUAGUUGUGGGAAUUGCUGGCGUUGCCCUGAUCGGUUGUGUUCUGAUGAUGAUCAUACUGAAAUACGGAAGAAACUCCAAGUUUGGCAUUAAAGGCUCCUCCUCAGUUAUCAGUAAUGACGAUGAUUCUGCCAGCCCUCUCCAUCACGUCUCCAAUGGCAACAACACCCCGUCAUCCUCAGAGAUGGGUCCAGACGCAGUGAUCAUUGGAAUGACAAAGAUUCCUGUCAUCGAGAACCCCCAGUACUUCCGUAACUCCGGCAGCAUGCUGAAAUCCAACACGUUUGUCCAGCACAUCAAGCGACACAACAUUGUGCUGAAGCGGGAGCUGGGAGAAGGAGCCUUUGGGAAGGUCUUUCUCGCUGAAUGCUACAACCUGACACCAGACCAGGAGAAGAUCCACGUGGCAGUCAAGACACUGAAAGAGGCCAGCGAGAGUGGCAGAGCAGACUUCUACAGAGAGGCUGAGCUCCUCACCAACCUGCAGCACGAGCACAUCGUCACCUUUUACGGAGUGUGCGUAGAGAGUGACCCACUAAUCAUGGUGUUUGAAUAUAUGAAACACGGGGACCUCAACAAGUUCCUCAGGUCCCACGGUCCCGAUGCAGUGCUCAUGGCAGACGGUCAACACAGCAUCCUGGUGGAGCUCACUCAGUCCCAGAUGCUGCACAUUGCCCAACAGAUUGCUGCUGGCAUGGUCUACCUGGCCUCCCAGCACUUUGUCCACAGAGACUUGGCAACAAGGAACUGCCUGGUAGGAGAAAACCUGCUGGUCAAGAUAGGAGACUUUGGCAUGUCCAGAGAUGUUUACAGCUCAGACUACUACAGAGUGGGCGGUCAUACGAUGCUGCCCAUCCGCUGGAUGCCCCCGGAGAGCAUCAUGUACCGGCGGUUCACCACAGAGAGUGACGUGUGGAGCCUCGGCGUGGUGCUGUGGGAGAUCUUCACCUACGGCAAGCAGCCAUGGUACCAGCUCUCUAACAAUGAGGUGAUCGAGUGCAUCACUCAGGGCCGAGUGCUGCAGCGGCCCCGCACCUGUCCUAAGGAGGUCUACGACCUGAUGCUGGGCUGCUGGCAGAGGGAGCCCUACAUGAGGCUGAACAUCAAGGAGAUCCACAGCACGCUCCAGAGCCUGGCCAAAGCCUCGCCCGUAUACCUGGACAUACUGGGCUGACGCGCCACUGCGUCCGUGUGAUGUACUGCGUGUGCAUGUGUGCUUCAUAAUGUGGACAAGUGUUUGUGUGUUUGCACA